GAGGCGUAGCUCUCAGCCUCGCGCUGCUUUCUGCUCAUUGUGCGACUUCAGCGAGAGAAAUUUCCGCUUCCUGCACCGACAAACGGGAACACACACACACACACACACACACACACACACACGAAGUUAAGGCACGGGGAGAGGAAGAUACCGAGAGGACACACGCGGACAGACGGACGUGUCGCGCGCUGGGGUGGGGGGAUUUAACGCGAUGUGAGAAUAGCGCGGACAACUUUCCUUUGCAUUGUCCGCCGGAGCGUUUUUACGCAUUUGCACCACCAGGAGCCUGAAAAACAACCAGCAGGAGCAGGAGCACCACCUAAAAACCAAAAACCAGCACGAACACACGGAGGAACCAGCCUGCUACAACUACAACCGCAGCUCCGGGUGUUCCUCCUCCAGCAGCCCCCGUCUUGAGAGCUCGUUUUCAGCCUCCAGGAUGUCGGAGCGAGGAGGGCUCCCGCGGACUGGGGGCGUCCCUUCGCCGCACAUGCAGCCCUCCAAGCCGGUCAGCAUCACCUCUAACCGACCGGUCCACAUGAACCUGUACGCCACCUGGGAGGUGGACCGCUCCUCACCCAGCUGUGUGCCCAGGCUUUUCAACCUGACUCUGAAGAAGCUGAUCAUGCUGAAGGAGCUGGACAAAGACCUCACCUCGGUGGUCAUCGCCGUCAAACUGCAGGGCUCCAAGAGGAUCCUUCGCUCCAAUGAGAUCCUGCUGUCCUCUGCGGGCCUCACGGAGACCGACCUGCAGCUCACCUUCUCCCUGCAGUAUCCACACUUCCUCAAGAGGGACGCCAACAAGCUUCAGAUCAUGCUGCAGCGACGGAAGCGCUACAAGAACCGGACCAUCCUGGGCUACAAGACGCUGGCGCUGGGACUCAUCAACAUGGCCGAGGUGAUGCAGCACCCCAGUGAGGGCGCCCAGGUCCUGGGGCUCCACAGCCAGCUGAAGGACGCUUCGGUACCCGUCGCCGAGAUCCGAGUCUACUCCCUCUCCAGCCAGCCCAUCGACCACGAGGGACCCAAAGCAAAGAUGUCUGAUCGCUCCCCGGACAUCGACAACUACUCCGAAGAGGAGGAAGAGAGCUACUCGUCAGAACAGGAAGGCAGCGACGACCCCAUUCAUGGACAGUAUCUGUUCGACGAGGAAGACGAGGUGAGGAAGAAGAAGCCGAGGCGUAAGCUCCCUUCCAACGCCGCCAUCACCAGACAACCAAACAUCAAGCAGAAGUUCGUUGCCUUGCUGAAAAGGUUUAAAGUCACCGAUGAGGUUGGUUUUGGCUUGGAGCAUGUGUCGAGGGAGCAGAUCCAGGAGGUGGAGGAAGACCUGGACGAGCUCUACGACAGUCUGGAGAUGUACAACCCGAGUGACAGCGGGCCGGAGAUGGAGGAGACCGACAGCAUCCUGAGCACGCCCAAACCUAAACUACGGCCGUUCUUCGAGGGAAUGUCUCAGUCCAGCUCUCAGACGGAGAUCGGCAGCCUGAACAGCAAAGGCAGUUUGGGCCGAGACACUUUCAGCCCGCAGGGGGAGCAGCCUCCUCUAGAGAAGAUGAAACCGUCCCGCAGCCGCAACCUGGAGGAGGCGUUGUCCGAGACCGACACACUGGAGCUAACGGAUCAGGAGCUGUUUGCCGAGCUGGGCCCCUGCAUCAUGGUAUCAGUGGCAGAGAAACCCCGUACGCCCCUGAAGAGCAGCAAAAGUGAAACCCAGGCCAUGCCGUCACCAAGGUUGGACGGAGGCCACACGCCCAGACAGAAGCGAAUCAGCACUCCCAUGAAGGAGAGACAGCUGUCCAAACCUCUGAGCGAACGCACCAACAGCUCGGACUCGGAGAGAUCCCCGGAGCUCGGACACAGCACGCCGCUCCUGAGGAAGGUGGUGUACGAUCAGCUGAACCAGAUUUUGUUGUCGGACUCGGCUCUCCCGGAGAGCCUCAUCUUGGUCAACGGCACUGACUGGCAAGGGCAGUAUGUCGCAGAGCAGCUCCAGGUGAAGAGACACCCGGUGGUCUGCACGUGUUCGGUGGCCGAAAUCCAGGCGGUGCUGUCGGCCGUGCUCACACGCAUCCAGAAGUUCUGUAACUGUAACUCAUCCAUGCCCAGAGCGGUGAAGGUGGCGGCGGUCGGCAGCCAGAGUUACCUGGGAGCCAUCCUGCAGUUCUUUGUCACUCAGCUCGCCAACAAGACGUCCGAUUGGCUCAACCACAUGCGCUUCCUGGUCGUCCCUCUGGGUUCCCAUCCGGUUGCCAAGCACCUCGGCGCCCUUGACAACCGCUACAGCUCCUCCUUCCUGGACGGCGCGUGGAGAGACGUCUUCAGCCGAUCCGAGCCUCCGCAGACAGAUCAGUUGGAUGUCGCGGCACGAAUCACACAGUACAUCAGCGGCGCCACGGUCACACACCAGCUGCCCAUCGCCGAGGCCAUGCUCACCUGCAAACACAGGACGCGAGAUGAAGACUCCUACCAGAAGUUUAUUCCCUUCAUAGGGGUAGUGAAGGUCGGUCUUAUCGAGUCCGGUCCUUCUCCGACAGGAGAUAUAGAAGAGGGCGUGGCGGUGAGCUUGGCUGUCCCCUCCACGUCUCCCCCCUCUCACGGCUCACCCACGGGGAUGAUUAAAGAGGCAGCCACGCCUCCCUCCUCUCCCUCCAUGGGCAGCGUGCUGACUGUACAAGGGAGUCCCAGCAUGUCUCACGGCGUGGACGCCAUCGGCCUGCAGGUGGAUUACUGGCUCGCCUCCUUGGCCGACAAGCGGCGCGAGGGCGAGCGACGCGACACGGGCUGCAAGAACACGCUGAAGAGCGCCUUCCGCUCUCUGCAGGUCAGCAGGCUACCAGGCGGGGGCAGCAGCGACCCGCAGGCUCAGGUCAGCACCAUGGCCAUGACGGUGGUCACCAAGGAGAAGAACAAGAAAGUUCCCACCAUCUUCCUGGGAAAGAAGCCAAAGGAGAAGGAUGUAGACUCAAAGAGUCAGGUCAUUGAAGGCAUCAGCCGACUCAUCUGCUCCGCCAAGCAGCAGCAGACCAUCCUGAAAGUGUCCAUAGACGGCGUGGAGUGGAACGAUGUUAAGUUCUUCCAGCUCGCCGCCCAGUGGCCCACUCACGUCAAAUACCUACCUGUCGGACUUUUCGGCUACAGCAAACCCCCGUCCUAGGGGUGACCACCCGCCGACUCCUCUGACCCCCCCCAACUUGACCUUCGACUUUCCUCGAUCCUGUCACACCUUUUUUGCGCAAAGACCCCCCCCCCCUCGCCUCUCUGCGCCUGGACUGUGUUUCUUCCUUUUGGUUUUGUUUUGGCUGCAGUUUCUCUUUUGGGAAGGAGGAAGAGGAGGGGAGGCGUUAGGGGGGGUGCAGCGCUGUUACUAGUCACUUUAACGCCCCCUUUUUUUUUUUGGUGUGUGUUUGCGUGCGUGGCGAGUGUGCAUGCACACGUGAAUGUACAGUAUGUGUGUGUGUGUGUGUGUGUGUGUGUUUACAAGGGGCUUACAGCACAAGAUUAUUAGCUGACUGCCAUUUUACGUUUCCGUUCUAUGGAAUGCAACAGCAUGCAACAACUCACAGAUUUCAAAGCCCUUCAAGUUUUUUGACCCCCCCCCUGCAAACCUCGAGACCCGAUCCAACCACGUGCAUGAAAACUUAACCACCACUCAUGUGCCGGAAACAGUUACUCAAAAAUAGAACGCGACGGGACGCUUCGGUGUUUGCAUGAGUCAGUGAAAACACAAAGAAAAGUCUCCCGUGCUCACAAAAAUGUCAAAUAAUAAUAAAAAAAAAAAAAAGGUUUGCAUGUGACAAGUUCUCCGACGCCCUUCAAACAACACACCCGGUUUCUCUUUUCUUUCUGAUAUUUCAAGGGCUUCCAUAUGAUUUAAAACAUUUUUUCUGUACCAGAAUAAGUAAUUUGGAUGUCUAAUGCCAAACCUUUAAAAAAAAAAGAAGAAAAAAAUCAUAUCUAUGAAGGGGAAGUGUAUUUUUUUUCUCUUUUUAAUCGUGCUCUAGUGGAAAAUAGUCAAACUUCCCUUUUGAAAGCAGUUUCGUGAUGCAUAGUGUACGUUUUUGUGACGAGCUCCAGGGGGCUACCGUAACGUGCAGUUUUCUUCUUCAACUUCUUAUUUGCUAUGCACUUAUGAGUACACAUCUGGGUGUUUGAGUACAGCUGGUAAGAAAUAUAUAAAACUGUCUUGACAUCAGAAACAAACAGGGGGAAAAAAUGCAUAUUUAAACAGUCCCAAUUUUUUAUUUAAGGAGUUUAAACACCUGCAAUAAAGCACAAUGUUGUUUCCUCACAGCAGACCUGGUUAAAACAUUUUUAAAAAGUUAUUAUAAGUUCAGUUAUGUUGGCACAGGUCUGCUUCAUGCUUUCUCUAGGAUGUCGUGAGGUGAUUAGUGAGUGUACAGUAACACGUGAGUGUGUGUGUGUGUGUGUGUGUGUGUGUGGUCAACAAGAAAAAAAAAUCACUAACUAGGAGGAAAACUUUUUCUAUCAUGUGACAGAGGGCAUGUAAUUAGUGUGUGUGUGUGUGUGUUGAUGAUGUGGUCAUUAUCGAUAUCAUUGAUCGAUCAGAAAUUUGGGCUGUGAAAGCUGCAGGAGUCGUCUUGUUUACUUUGUAGCCUGGCACAAGGCGAACAUCCACCCACCCACCGCUAAAACUGAAACAAAUUGAAUUAAAUCAGCUUUUUAAUUGAAAUUAUUUGAUUGGUUUGAAUCCAGGAAUGCAGCCUUGUGUCGCCUACAUCGUAACACGCUCUCCAUCUCCGGUGAAGUAUUAGCAAAACUAGUUUUUUUUUAAAUAGUGUUAAUGCCAACGUCUGUUUUUGUUUAGAUUAGAAAGCUUGGAUGUUCCAGUGUUCCAGUCGUGAUGUCAGCAGCACGUCUCGGCUCAUUUCUCUGUUGGACGUGACGCGAGGUUUCACGCUGAAGGCUCUCUCUCUCUCUUGUUUGGUCUCAGCUCACUUUGGUGUUAAUUACAUGCAAAUAUUUGAAUGUAUUGACUUCAGUUUACACACGCGGUGCUGUCUGACGAGCGAGAGAGCGCGCCCAUCGUGAAACCUGUAGAUUUUCUUCACUCGUGUUGCUGACAACCAGUUAAGGGCUUGAUAGACCGACUGACUGACUGACAGGGUUUCAUUAUACCUGGAUAUCAGUGAGUGUUGAUGUACUGUAACUUGACGAUGAGGUUGCUCAAUCAUUUCAUUCCAAAGUUUAAUACUUGCUCUUAAAAAAGAAGCAUUUUUGGCAUAAAAAUAAUUCAUUCAAUCAUUCUGAAAGUGAACUAAAUCUGAAGAACAAAAGUACAAUCAUCUCUAAAAUAACCCAUACUUAGAAAAACUUUAUAAUGUGCCACUAAUGACUUUAUUUACAUUAACAAAUCAUAAUCAAAAACACAUUAAAGUUCUGCUAUUAUGCAUGAAUAAUAACUUUUGGGUUGCCUGGUUGUGAGGCCAAAUUUCAGUCAAGUAUCCCUUUAGUUAGUUUAGUUGCUUUUCCGUUUUUUCUAUUAACAAUGAGUCAAAUUAGUACAUGUUGAGAAUGAGAAUGAGAAUUAUUACCAAACUCCUCGGUUCCCUUCAGGUUUACAGACCACUUUAGUGUCUUUUAGCUCAUUGUUUUGGUUUAUGGGUCCGCAACUUUACUGUUUCGAAGCACUAAGAACUGACUGUACACCACAUUUCCCAGCCCCAAAACAGCAGACAAAUAAAGUUAGAAACUGGCCGGGGAACACGGAAGCUAAAAAGAGACAAAUAGUUCCCACAGGAGGCGGUGGAGACUCAAACUGAGCUAAAAUAAGAGUGAGCAAUAGACAGCAGGUGGACAGAAACACGUCUCCAAAUGAACGAUAGUGUUCCUGUGUGUAAAUGGUCAACCAAUUUGCCAAAUUGUGCACCAAUAAUACUAUAAUUAAUAAAUAAAUACAUUUGUUAGAGCUAAAAUGUAGCUGAACUAUAAUUUGUUAGAGCUUGCAGCUUGUUUCUGCUGCCCCCAAGUGGCCAAAAAACAACACGUACUGCUUUAAUAUUAAAUAUUAUCAUUAUAACAAAGUUUUUCUGCUUGGAUGAAAUCAUUAGCUCUAUGAUUGUGCAAGUUAAUAAGUCAAACAGGUCAUGAGGAACAGGAGGGAUCCUUCACCAACAUGUGGCAACCCGCUCAGUACAAUUUUAACCUUUUUAAUAAAGUCAUUAGUGACAACUUAGAAGGUUUUUUUCUUAAGUAUGCUUUAUUAUGAAAGAGUGCUGCAUUUUUAAAUUAGAAAUUUCAGAAAAUACAAAUAUUUCCAAAUGUUUCACGACAAUUUGGAAUGAAAUGCUUUUCUUUUUUUUUUUACUGUAACCACGAAGGGUCAACGAUCUUGUGUCUACUAACUCAAAAUGCUCUUUGCCUUGUAGUGUUGUUAGCCUAUUUAUCGCAGUGAUGUGAAUCUAAACUACCUUUCCGAAAUUGUACGUCAUAGUGUACCGAUGCCUCUUUCCGCUUGCAGCCUACACAUCGAGAGUUUAAAGGUCAGCUGACUCUCUCCGUCCGGCUCUCUGGUUGAACUGAACUUGGAAAUAUUCUUCUGAAGGAGAGGCAUUAAAAAACCAAAAUCACUGCCAAAACUACAAUGUGAAACAUUUGUGAUAACAUUCAGAUAGAUAUGUGGGGUCUUUUUUUUUUUUGGUUAACAACAAAGUGAUCCUUGUUCUGUAGUCAUCAUUUCAGUGUUUGGAGGAACUGAAUGCUUUUUUUAAAAUCACAG